AUGGCAUUGAAACGGAUUAACAAGGAGCUUCACGACCUGGCUCGCGACCCGCCCGCACAGUGUUCGGCCGGCCCAGUGGGCGACGACAUGUUUCACUGGCAAGCAACAAUUAUGGGCCCUAGUGACAGUCCAUAUCAGGGAGGUGUUUUCUUCUUGACUAUUCAUUUUCCAACAGACUAUCCCUUCAAACCACCCAAGGUGGCGUUCACGACGAGAAUCUACCACCCAAAUAUUAACAGUAACGGCAGUAUCUGUCUGGACAUUCUCAGAUCACAGUGGUCUCCAGCACUUACCAUUUCCAAAGUUCUUCUCUCCAUUUGCUCGCUGCUAUGCGACCCCAACCCAGAUGAUCCGCUAGUGCCAGAGAUCGCACGAGUCUACAAAACAGAUAGCUCCAAGUACAAUAAACUAGCUCAGGAGUGGACGGCCAAGUACGCCAUGCUUUAA